AUGAGCAAGAGGGGCAGUUUACAGGGUAGCGUCUCUCCAUCGGAGGAUUCUGGCAAGAAAACACAGAAGAGACGAAAACCAAUUAGAUCAUGCGCAUUUUGCAGGAAAAGGAAACUACGUUGUGACCGGCAGAAACCAAUAUGCUCGACUUGUAAAACAAAAGGUCGCUCUGAUUGCAUAUAUACAGAGGAAUUUGCCCAUAGAGUUGAGUCAGGGGAACUGUUUGGUAGUACUCCUAAUGUUGAACUGUUGAAAAGGAUCGAGGACUUGGAGAAAAGGGUAGGAGACAAGCAAAAGGGGAAACAGUAUACAACGAUGAACACUAAACCACUUAGAAACCCGUAUGCUAGAUUCUACUAUUUAGAAUGCAAAAACUCGGGAAGGAGAAUAAUGUACGGUCCUACAUCUUUGAGAACGUAUCUCUCAAAUGAUGAUAAUCGCUUUGUAAAUACAUACAAUCAACUUUGGUCUAAAGUAAAAAUCGAGAGAAACAGAUGGAAAGCUAAACAUAAGUGGACAAUGAAACCUGAAUCUCGACUCUUAGAAGGACCGUUGUUAAACAGUGCUGACUCUAAUAUCUUGCAACAGAUUUGUAAAGUUUUGCCGACUUAUGAACAAUCGUCAAAGAUUAUAUCGGACUUCUUCGAGGCAAAACUGGAAACUAAUGAAGUUAGUGAAGUACUAGAUAGAACUAAAGUUAUCAAUGAUUUCACAUCCUCGUUUCUUCCCGGCGGCGAACUAUUACCCAAUGGUGAAAGGCGGAUUGGGAAAUUAUUGCCAUCAACAAAGAAGAACUAUUACAAAAUUGGAGUCAUUUUAAUGAUAUUUUGUAUACACCAUUUCUAUGAAGAUAUACCGGAAGUGAUAGAGAAAUUUCUUGUUAUGCUGACAGGGCUGUCAACUGCUAAGGUCUUUUUCAUUGAACGUGCUCAAUUUCUCCUGUUAAAAUACUAUCAUCGAGAGCUAUUUUGGCCCUGUGGAGAUGACUUGCACAUGAUCAGUUUGGUUGAUCUAUUAUGUAGCACAGCAAUUAUGCUAGGUCUGCACUUGAAUAUAAGAGAAAUAUUCAAAAAUCAAGAGAAUAUUGUAGGAAGUAUGGAAAGUUUAGAGAAUUUAUGGGUUUGGAUUAUAUUAUCAGAUUUUAAUGUCUCUUUGAAUAUCGGAAGAUGUUUGGCUAUCAGUCCCUCCUAUUUUCAAGAUGAUGAAGGCGAAAAUAAUGAGAUUCUGAGUUCAAAUACAGACAGCUCUUCAUCGACCAUUUACUUCAACCACCCAAAUACCUGCACUGGUAAGUUAAAGAGGUUUUUAAGAUUAGCUCGGCCAAUGCUCGAUCAGAUUUAUGACAAAAACGCUUUUCCAGAUUUAGAGGAAAAUUGCAAGAUUUUAACAAAAUUUGUGGAGGCUGAAUUUCAUCCAAUAUCAUAUUAUACCAACGAUAAACUAAUAUGCAGAGUCUCUUUGCGUGAGAUUAAAGUACUUACACAGGUUCUGAAUUUGUUGUUAACGUUUUAUUCUUUGAGAUAUCUGAUUCACAUGGAAAAAGGUGUGGUUUUAGAGAACAAAAUCUUGCAGACUAUUUUAGUCUCAUUUUCACUUGUAAUCAAUACGACAACGCUAUGUUUCAAACUAGAUAAAAAGCAUUUUCCUGAUUUUUUUGCCCCGGAUUGUUCUCAUCUGUCACCUUUUAUGGCUUUAUCCUUAGUGUAUACAAAUUUCCUGUUUCCAAGAGCCUCUACCGGCUUCUGUGCGUUUCUCUAUCAUAAGUUAACGCUUUUUGAAAAGGGCUACUAUUUAUCAUCCGACAUUAAAGAUCGAGAAGUUACAGAUUGGGAUUUGUCAACUCUAAAUACUCCGUUGGAUAAAACUAUCAAUCUACUUACUGCUUUCAAAAUUCAUUCAGACAUAUUUGCCAAGUGGUCCCAUGCUAACAACACGGAGUUAAGAAGUAUGAUGGGCCGUUCUUAUACAUUUGUUAUCAACAUAGCCUUGGAGAGUAUAUAUAGAGCAGUUUUGGAGAAAGUGAUUAAAUACAGAACCAUGGUCGAAAACGCAUGGUUACAGCAAGUCCAGGACGAAUUAAAUGGACCCACCCGAUAUUCACCUAGUGACAACCUAAACAAUCCCAUUGAUCCUAGUUUAAAUGAUCUGGACGUCACAAACGGCAGGGUGUCGACGGGGAACUCUUCGGUAUUACGCCCGACGGAAGUACGAAGUAGUAGCGUAACCAGUGAAACUGGGGCGGUUGAGGCUGAAUUGGCACAAACUAUUUCUAAUGAAUUUUGGACGGCGUACAACCUUGGUUGGGAGGAACUAAUGAGUCAGCCAGGUUAUGAGUUUUUAUUUGAAACCCAAUAG